CUGUGCAGUCCGUGGUCAGGCUCAGCUACUGAUCCGUUCUGAUGGGGGUUUGGAGUAAGGGAAUCAGGAUUGGGCCCAGGCUGUUUAUUUUCAAAGGUAUUUUAUGGCCUGGAGCGAAACACACAACGCACGUCAACACAUUACGGAAUACAAACCAAAGAAGGGAAAUGGGAGUAUGGGACUGAUCGCUCCAGCAUGCACUGCCAGGAGCAGCCCAGCCCCUGCCCUGCCAGGACCACAGGCAAGAAUGGAUCCAGCAGACUUUUCUGUUUUAGACUCUUGAGAUUCACUGACAGUCCUGGCCAAGCAGGCCCUUGAUGAAUGACAGGCGUCGCUAGGUGCCUCUCCCAUUCAGGACUCCUCCCAGGCUGCAUGUGAAUCAGCUAAACCAGAAUUGCAGGUUUGAGAGAGCUGCAAACAUUGUGAGAGAGGAGGAGGGAAAGGCUGGGACUGGGAGACACCACCGCAGCAGCCCUGCAUGGGGAUAUACCCAGCAAGUCCCCAUGGAGAACCCGGAGGAAGCCGAGGUGGAUAUUGACACGCUCAUUGAUGAGAUGGAUUAUAUUCCUGGUCACUUCCACCUGGAGAUGAACAUGAACUUCGAGCCCUGCUCCCCUGUGAAUUUCAGAGGGAGGGACAUGAAGCUUAAGCGAGAGAGCCUGAUGUAUGAGCUAGAGCUUGAGUCUGGCUCCCAGCAAUUCGCCGUCAGGAACCUGCUCGGGGUCUUCUCCUUCCACCUGGAGGAGAUGGAGCAAGCCAAGGAGAUCUUUCUGAGCAUCUCCCAGGAGGACCCCGACAACCUAAAUACCUGGGCCAACCUGGCCUACGUCUACGACAGGCUGGACAGCGAGCAGGAAGAGGCUGACUGCACCAAGAAACUAGCCCACUUAAUGGGCCUGGGCUCAGAAGACGAGUCUCAAGGGGAUCCCAGGCUCCGAGCAGCCCGCUGUCUGGCAGAGCAGGGCUACGCUUACGUCUUUGACAUUGGGCUUGUGGAUGAAGAAGACCGAAUGGAGAAACUGACUGCCGGACUCACGUUCUAUGAUAAGGCUCUUGCUUAUGGGCAGCAGAUCCCCCUGGAGGAGAAAAGAAGCUGGUACUUCACUAUGGCCACGCUGUACAUCAGAUUAGAUGGGAUCCUGAUGAACAAGGGAAAUGAUGAGCAAAAGCGGCUGCCCUCCUUUAACAGAACGCUGGCUCUGCUUCGACAAGUGACCAAGUCCUCAAAUUCUCACUACAGAGCUCUGGCCUGGUGCUACCUCGGGAUGUUGCUGGAAAGGAAAGAGACGUUUUCCACCACCCCGAUGGGGAUCCAUGACUGUGGUUACUCUGGGACUGGGCCCCUUGAUUGCUUUGGCAAGGCAAUAGAAAUAGCUAAAGACAAUCCUCCCACACUAAACCGACUGGCAAAAAUUUUCCACUUCCUGGGCAAGCAAGAUAUGGCUAUGGGAAUCUGCAAUAUGGCGCUAGAUCUCCUACAAGAUCCGGAGCUCAACUGGCAGGCCUACUGCACGCGGGCCAAGAUCCACAUUAAGCUCUAUCUGCGAGAUCUGGAACGUGCAAAGAUGGGUUUGGGAGGCAUGCCAGACAGGAAAAAUCUCACCAGUGCUAAAGAGGACCUUGAGAGCGUUGUAAAGGUUUGUCCGUGCUUGAAGACAUACCUGGACAUAGGCCAGGUCUACUAUUACAUGGGUGUUGAUGCCAUGCAGGAACUAUUCCCAGUGGACGAGACUGCACUGGACAAUGCUUUGGAGUUCUUUGCGAAAGCUAUGGAGUUUGACCUGGGAGAUACACUACCGGAAAUACAGCUGCUUAGGGGGAAAUGCCUGCGGCUUAAAAAUGAGGAGUCCAAUGCCAUUGGGUGCUUCAAACGAGCCAUAGAACUGGACGAUGUGGGCUCCACCUACACAGAGAGUUUCCGGUGCCUGAUGGAGACACUCCUUAUACUGUUCAGUCAGAAGAGGGUGAAUGCCGAGAUGCUGAUGCAGGAGGUGGAAUUGUGGGUAAAGAAGGCUGAGGAGAAAUACUCAAAGCAGCGUGUCCGCCAGGAACUAAGACUGGUGUGUCGCAAUCACACAACAGAGGUGAUCGAGCUCUCCAAAGCCAUGGUCACCAGAGGGAAUACCGAGCUGGUGAAGAUGCUGUUUGAGACAAUAAAGACUGACUUUUCCAAGCCCAAACUAAAUGAGCGAUCACUCUCCUUCUGAACAACCGACGUUGGAAUCACGUCAUGCAGCACAAUAGCCUCCUGGCUGAUACUGUCUGAACACACCUAGCUCUCUCAGAUCUCAUCAAACAGGCAGUAGACAAUAAGCUAACCAUUUAACUCUUAUCCGCAGAUCUCUGAGCAGUGUGCAGAAGUGGCCAAGUAUUACUGUCUCUGUUUCACAAAUGGAGAAACUGAGGUACAGACCAAAUAAUGAAAAGUGAUCUCUAUUAUGGGUGUCUCCAAUUUUUGAGUUCACUCGAAGCUGUGAGUGCUCAACCCCUCUGAAAAUCAGGCUCCAGGUUUCUCAGGAUGGACCUGGUCUGAAAUGUGCUCAAGGCCACACAGCAAGUUACUGGCAAAGCUGGAAGUAGAAUCCAGAUCUCUUGCUUCCCAGACUGCCACCCUAUCCGCAGGACAACUCUGCCUCCAUUACAUUCUGGGGAUGUGAUAUCAGCCACUGUAGAAUAGCCUCUGUGCUGGUGUUGGUCUGCACUCAAUUAUCCUCCUUUUCAUUAAGCGAAUGCAGCUAAUGCAGAGCUCUGAUCCUGCAAACUCAUUGGGAGUUGAGGGUGCUUAGCACCACGUAGGAUCAGGCCACAAUCCUUGGAUUUCAUUUUAAACAAAUGAAUAGCACAUCUGUUAAUAAGGUAAGAAAGAUUUUAGUGCAGGAAGGAAACAUGAUCUGUUGAAUACUAGACAAUCUCAUAUGUUCAGUCUUUUCUACCUUACGCUUUUAUACUGCCUCCCAUCACCAUAGUAUCUGAUCCCCAACUCAGCCCUGCACUGGUUGGGAAUCAAACACAGAUCUCCCAUCCUAUGGUGAUAAGCGCAGUAUAAAGACCUGUAUGAAAUAGACACAUGCACAGUGAGAAUUUUACCACUAAACCACCCAUACUAAUAACUGAACUAAUGAUGGUGGUUGGGGGCUCCUGGGAGCACCUAAAAUUCUUCUGAAUUGGGAUGAAGUUUGAGGUGCUUUCUCUGCCUCUGAGGGAGUCUCUUGAUACUGCUGACUCUGGCCUGGUGCUCAUAAAAAUACUUCUGAGGGGCAAAGAUCUUCCAGUUGGGGUGCAUCAGAUGGCGCAGAAUGCUGGGAAGAGGAUAUUUUCCUAACUCAGGGCAAGGGUUUCAUCUCUUUCUCUUUCUCUCAUGAAUGUCCUCUGUAUAUUUUAGUGGAACAAAUUAUAUACCUUUCCAGCAAAGCUGUGUUUAAUGUAAGUUUCUUUGUCUUGUGAUUUUUGCCUCAUUCUCUGGUUUUACAUGAGUUCUGAGAAAGCAUUUUGUUUCAAAUGACUAGAUUCUCUCUCCUUUUCCGUGGGUGUGCAUAUCUCCAGCACCUAGGUUUAUCACGGAAAUGUUUGUAGGGGUAACUGUUAGCAGCACAUCACUGAGCCAUACGCAUAUUUUGUUUUAUGUGAGGUGCUCUACCUAAUUUUACUGGAUUUCUAAUGGAGUUUUAAAGAUAUGAAAGGCGCUUUCCAUGAUAAUACUCUGAGGGCCUAAUCUUGCUUCCAUUAAAAUAAGUCACAAAUUUCCCAUUUUCUUUGAUGGGAAGAGAAUGAGGCCCUGGAACAAGAACUUAAUUACAAUAACAAACAAGAACCAAGACACAGAGUUGGGCCUCUUUCCAUCUGCACAACAAUAAUGGUAUGUAGAAACCACCUGGGCACAGUGGGGUCCAGAUAACCAUGUUUACUCAAUACACACAACAUGCAAGGUCAGUUAUACAGAUAUACUGCUACUCUGGCAGCUUUCUAAACCAUAGAACACAGUGAGCACUACUAGAGGGUUCACAAACUAUUUAAACAGAUACUACCCAAUUCCUAUACGCUAAACAGAACAAUGAAAGGGCCAAGGGGCCCUGCCUGCAUUGUGGUUGAAAUUGGGCUGCUGUUUCUCUGCCUUUUAGGAUGCUCCCAGGUUAUUAUUACCUGGUAAAGCCUGAAAUUAAUUAUCCUCAGUUUCUGAGAAUCGCUCUUAAAGUAUCCCAGCUUCCAAGUAGCGGUACAAUGAAUUAGCAAGUAGGUAUGUGAACCACGGCUCUCUGCUGGAUGAAAUCAGCACUGCUUAGCUGUUUGUUGCCACCUAUAGGUGGUAAUUUUCCUUUAGCUCAAGUGGUAGUGGCUGUGAGUUCUACCCCAGCUAUUGCUGUAAAGUUCCAAAUGGGCAUUGAAAUGGAAUGCGCAGCGCCGUAGGGCUGGGGAGAUACAGCAUGGUGACAGUCACAAAGAUCCUAUAUGGCCAUGGAUUUGUUACAAUAUUUAUAUUUCCUGUCAACAUAAUUUAUUAAAUGAAGGUGAUAACAUUUGUUUAGCAACGUAUGACUCAUCAGUAAAACAGACAGAUGGAAACCAAAUUAUAUAUUACAGAGGAGACAGAUGAUGUGUUUCGUAAGGCAUAUGUGAAUAACGGCAUCAAAUAACAUGUAGUCUUAUAGCAGCUCUAUCAAUAUUUACUGGGCGGGCAACAUGUAAAUAAAAGUGGCUGCAUAUUGAUUUUUCAUUGAAUA